UACUAAUAAUAAUACUCACCAAUAAUAAGAAGAACUUACAUGCUCUUUCACCUAUCCGUGACUACUGUAUUGAGACAAUAGGCAGGAGGCUGGAGGCAUAAGCAGAGAGACAUUCAAGACAUCAGGUAUGGAGAGCCAACAAGAUAGCAUUUGAAUAGCAUGCUUGCUUUGCCCUGGGCACAAUCCAGGUUUGAACCCAGUCUCCACUGCAUUGAAGGAAACUGAUGCUGUGAUGUUUCUUUCUGUUUCUCUAUCUCUUGUCUCUGUCUUUCUGACAGAAAAAUAUCAGCCUGGAGCAGUGAAGCCCCAGUAAUAACAAAAAGAAAAUUUACACAAGAAAUCAGGUAUUGGGGAUCAGGAGAUAGCUCUUUUGGUAGAGCACAUACUUCAUUGUUCUUAUGGACCCCAAUGGAGUUUCAUCUGUUAGUGAAGGUUAGACAGAUAAGAAAGGUUCUGUCUGAGGAGGCAACUGCCCUCCAGUCUUGUUCUCCUGCCUUAUUGUCUAGGAAAGGUGAAGUCAAAGGUUCCUCCCAGGAAACAAAUCCUAGCAGGGUGGGGACAGGGAGGCCUUGGUGCUGGGCGAGGCACCCAGUGCUUGCACAACCACAGAAGCUUGGAGCCACAGCACUUAGCGGAGGCAGAAGAGCCAGGAUGGUGGAGUUCGCUCCUCUGCAGGUGCCUUGGGAGCGCAGGCUGCAGACCCUCGCAGUCCUGCAGUGGGUCCUCUCUUUCUUGAUCCUGGCCCAGCUGUGCACUGCCAUCUUCAUAGGCCUCCUGUUCACCAGAUUCUGGAUCCUCACCAUCUUCUAUGCCACCUGGUGGUUCCUGGACUGGGAUACACCCAGCCAGUGGCGGCAGACGCAGUGAGAGACCCUUAGGCGCAGCUUCAUCUGGAAAUAUAUGCGGGACUUCUUCCCAUCUCGGUGACUGGUCAAGACUGCUGAGCUGAACCCAUCCCGGAACUAUCUGGCUGGCUUCCACCCACAUGGUGUCCUGGCCUCAGGAGCCUUCAUCAACCUGUGCACAGAAAGCACAGGUUUCUCCUCCAUCUUUCCUGGCAUCCGCCCCCACCUGAUGAUGCUCACCCUGUGGUUCCGCUUCCCCUUCUUCAGGGAUUACCUCAUGUCAGGGGGGCUGGUAACAUCAGACAAGGAAUGUGCUGCUCACAUUCUGAAUAGAAAGGAAGGUGGCAACCUGCUGGUUGUCAUUGUCGGGGGCGCCCAGGAGGCACUGGACGCCAGGCCCGGGGCCUACACGCUGCUUCUCAAGAACCGCAAGGGCUUCGUGAGGCUGGCACUGAUGCACGGGACACCUCUGAUUCCCAUCUUCUCCUUUGGGGAAAACAAUGUGUUUGAUCAGGUUGAAAAUACCCAGGGCUCCUGGCUGCGUUGGGGCCAGAACAGGCUGCAGAAGAUCAUGGGCAUCUCCCUCCCACUCUUCCAUGGCCGUGGCAUCUUCCAGUACAGCUUUGGUCUCAUACCCUACCGCCGACCCAUCACUACUGUGGUGGGAAAGCCCAUCGAGGUGCAGCAGAUAGAAAAUCCCUCAAAGGAGGAGGUGGACCAGCUGCAUCAGCGCUAUAUGGAAGAGUUGUGUAAUCUCUUUGAAGCCCACAAGCUCAACUACAAUGUCCCCCCUGACCAACACCUGGAGUUCUGCUGAGCACAUCCCUAGAGGUGGGGGUGUCCCAUGAGCAGGCUGGCUUCAGGGAGCCCAGUGAGGAGGUGCUGGGGUCUGAGAAGGCUUCCUGGAAUUUAUCUCCAGGCUUCUGCCAUGUCAAUCCCCAUUGGGCAAGUGACAGCUGAGGACACAGAGGGGAACCAAACUCUGGGGCUGGUGGUUUGCAAUCCUGCUGUGAUGCCUCCGUGUCCUCCACUCCUUGGUGUGUUUCCCUGUGACAUGGGAGAGAGGGUUUCAAAUGAAAAAUAUCUGAGCACUCUAACCUCAUGUCACUCAGCAUGCAAGGAACCCUGCAAUGCACCAUUACUAAGACUCACCAGGCAGCCCUCUCCUCUCUUUCAAGUUUAGAAGGACAGGAUGUGCCUUGCUUGCCUCCCUGGAUGCCUUCCAAUUUCAGGGCCCUCUACUACAGAGUGGUAGCAAGCAGGGCCCAGGAGAGUCAGGGGAUUAUUUUCUGCCCUUGGCUAUAAAUUAUAGCUCUCCCUCUGAGCCUCAGUUUCCCAUAUUAGCUAAGCAGAAAUGUUGGGUAGCUUCAUAUGGACUGAGAGUAACACAUGAGAUCUCUUACUUGUUCUUCAUUACAACAACCCCUGAUAUUGACACAAGAAUAAAUGGCAAUUUGGUAAA